CCCGCCGCGCCGCCGACAUGUUGCGCCUGCUGCUGCUAGUGCUGCUCACGGACCGCUCGCGCACCGCGCUCGUCACCAACCCCCCCACCCUGGGAGACCAGCUCGAGAAGUUCUACCAAAAGCUGGAGAGGUUCACGCUGUCUCCCACCAGAGACAGCCUCUAUGAUAAGCUGGACCGGCUCAACUCGCUCGUGCCGGACCAGGAGCCGACGGAAGAUGAGGACGAGGAGCUCUUGACUGCUAUGCAGCUGAUGAUGCCCACCAUGAGCGACGACGAGCUGCAGAGGGUGAUGCAGGAGCUGCAGCGGAUGAAGGCAGAGAGGAGCGACAAGCUGGACGAUUACCCUGACGAUUAUGACGAUUCAGAUCCAGAGAGCGACGACUACCCGAAUGACAACAACGGGGAAUACGACGCGAUGGAUGAGGAGGCAACCAGCAAACCCUCGCUAGUCACUCCGUCCGCUUUCACCAGGUUGGACUACCCGAACACCAUCUCAGCUGCAGACCUGAUCGCCGCUACACGGGAGCGACCGAGGAUAUUGGAUGACUCUCAGGCAACGGCCGAGGAGCGCAAAGCGAUGCGCCAGGCGGCACUGAAGAACAUAAGAACCAUGUUGAAGUCCGCCAAGUGCCUGACCCCACAACCGCGGUGGUUGUCUGUGAGGAAGCUGGCGCCGGCCGCUGAUACAAUUUACAUGCCGCCGUGUGUGCAGCUGCACCGCUGCGAGGCGGACUCGGGCUGCUGCUACGACGAGGGCGAGGUCUGCGCCCCGGUCGACGGGGAAAAUGUCGCGCUACCCUUUCUGCUCCAAAAGACAGACAGGAGAUUAGUUUCCGUAAGAAUGGUGUUCUUCAAUCACACGAAAUGCGGGUGCGUACCACGUGACACGCUCGACACUACAGAAACGACGAAAAUAGAGAGACCCGUCUUAGAUAGAGCUAGAGAGGGCUCCGAAGAAAAACAAAACGACUGGGAGGGGUUCUCGAGACAGUCCACAGAAGAACCACGACUCAAGAUAGAUGAGGAGGAAACGCCACCGCCACAAAUGCUCAGAUGCACCUGCCCCGUGCUAUUCCGCAGCCACGUGUCUGCGGGCGUGUGCUCGUGCACGUGCGACUGGCCGGACUCGGGCCGCCGGCGGGAGUGCCUCCACCAGUCCCGUGGCAGAGAGCACUUCAGCCUGCGAGACCGGGUCUGUAUCAAGCGGGGAGAGUGCCACAUACCGACCUGUGUUAACGGCUCCUACGAGGUAGACGAGGGGAAAUGCCCGCACCGCUUCAAGCGGAAUUCGCGGAGACGAUCCAGAUAUAUGCAGGGUUGAAGCGCGUAGGAUAGGCCGAGAUUUGUAUAUGACUUAUUUUCUCAAAGGCUUAUGUCAACCGUUGCAUUGGAUUUCUAUUGUGCCUUAUAAUAAUGGUUGUAUUAAUUCUAUAGUACCUUAUAUGAAUAGGUGUAUUCUGAAAUAUUACUCAUUAUAAUGGCGCGUUUGAGCCGUCAUGAAUCAGACCCCAUAAUAAAUUGCACUGGUGUACCACCAUAUUUUAGACUAUAUUAUGAUGAAACAAGUGCGACGUAAUGUAAUAUUUACAAUAAUGACAAGAUAAUAUGCGUCAAAACACUGGUCGAUUCUUGCAGUCAGGAUCACUGGGCCAGGAUACUGGGUAAUAUUUCAGAUGUAAAGCAAUAUACGAGUACUAAUACGUGCAUAAACAUAUUUUGAUGCUCCCGGCCCCCUACUAUAACAUGAAGAAUUUUCUGUCAAAUAUCCUAUAACCUACCUUAAUACUUUAAAUCUCUACUUUGGUGUGUUUUUAAGAUUUUUCUGGCCAUUAAAUUGAAUGUUCUUAAGGAAAUAUUUAUUUAGUAGAUGUGGAUGGUGGAAGAUGGAUCUUGGUCCAUAAUUGUUGCCUUAAUGGUCCGUGUACUUACACAAUCGUCUUGGUAGUUUAUCUUACAUUAAUGAUAAUAAUUGAAACUCUUUUUAUAAUGCCAUAUAAGGUCAAUGUGUCGAAGUCCGUCUGGGAGGUAAGCCCGUCUAGCGGCAAUAACUUUCAUAUUUGAACGACUAGUUUCAUAUGGCUCAGUGGGUAAAACGAUAUUGCAAAGUUAGUUUGACCUAAGAAACAGACAUGUCGCUACUAACUACCUGUUACGAAAAAAAUGAUCUCAAAAUUUUUUCCCGUUUUGUACUCGCAGUC